ACCUCAUCGGCAGCCAGUGCACAGGCGCAGAGGGGUGGUGGUGCGCUGCUAUACCUGCUGGGAGAUGUAGUUCUUAUCUCCCCUAGCUCGCAUUGGGAAUUUCAAGAUCCCCAGCGCCCGCAGUCCUUGUUACUUCCACGUCACGUCGCCCCCUCCCCCCCACCCCCCAACAACCCGACUUCCCAUCCAUCUGCCGUUCGUCCUGAUCGGGGAGGAUGGAGAGCGUGAAACUCAACAACGGGGUGGAGAUGCCGCUGCUGGGCCUGGGCACCUUCAAGCUGCGGGGGUACGAGGCCGUGUACCGGGCACUGGACUCUGCCCUGGGGCACGGCUACCGCUCCGUGGACACGGCGAGCGUGUACGGCAACGAGGCGGACAUUGGGCAGGCGCUGGCGGAGCUGCUUCCGAAGCACGGCCUCUCCCGGGCCGACAUCUUCAUCACCAGCAAGCUGUCACCGGCAGACCAGGGGGAGCGGGCGGAAGAGGGUGCCUUACGGAGCCUGGAGGCCUUGGGCUGCCAAUACCUGGACCUCUACCUCAUCCACUGGCCUGGCAGACAGGGCUGGAAGAGUGAGGACCCCCGUAACCGGGUCUGCCGGCGCCACAGCUGGGAAGUGCUGGAAGGCCUGUACGAGAGCGGCCGUUUCCGUGCCAUCGGUGUCUCCAACUACACAGUGGGCCACCUCCGAGAGAUGCUGGAGCACUGCCGGGUGACGCCCGCUGUGCUGCAGGUGGAGUAUCACCCGCGCCUGGUGCAGAGCGACCUGCUGGCCUUCUGCGCCGAGCGCGGCCUCCACCUGCAGGCCUACUCCUCGCUGGGCUCCGGGCGCCUGCUGGAGGAGCCUCAGGUCCAAGCCCUGGCCGUCGCCUACGGCCGCAGCCCGGCCCAGGUGCUGCUGCGCUGGGCCGUGCAGCAGGGAAUCGGCGUCAUCCCCAAAUCGGCCGAGCCUGAGCGUGUGGCCGCCAACGCCCAGCUUUUCGACUUCCGCCUGAGAGAGGAGGACGCUGAGCUACUGAGCAGCCUGCAGUCCGACAGCCACUACUGCUGGGACCCCCGGGCUGUCGUCUGAGCAGAGCCGGACAUCUGAGUACUGACUUACCCCCUCCCCACCCACCGCCCCGGCCCCAGCCCCGGUCCCAGCUCCUAACUCAAACUCGGAUGCACCAAGGAUGUGACAGGGGUUGUAGCGUUCGCACCUCUGGGCCAGAAGGUUCAAGACUGCCACCCCCCCAACCCCCACCCGUUGCUCCAGAGUUGUGUCGCCUCAUGUCUGAAAAUAAACGUUGAUUGUAAAUAUUGACAA